CGAGACUAUUCCCUCCUCCGACACUUGCUCUCCCCAGAUGUCUAAGGGGUCAAACAUUGUUCUUGACGAUCCCCUCCUCUGGAUUGCUGUAUAACUAAAGGGAAUCACCUCCAUUGCUUUCCCCUUGUGUGAAGAUCCAAUCCCAUCCUCACCCCUCCUACACUCUUGUUUUGCUUCAUUCCUGGGCUAUUCUUUGCUACCACGUUACCUUGACAACCAACCUACCAGUCUACAUAUUCAUUAUCAACAUGGUCACCCACGCACUCUCCAUGUGCGACUUGCAUCUGGACAUGGACCACCACGACGCUGGCUUCCUCGACUACCCGUCUUCUUCUUUCAGUGGUGUUAGCUCUUCCUACUCCUUUGCCUCCAACGGCCCGUUCACGCCAUCAUCCGGCUCGUCCACGCCCGCUCGCCACAACUCAAUGGACUUCGGCCCGUCUUUCGCCCCUCCGGUGGACAAUAUCUUCACCCCGCCGCCAUCUUCCGUGUCCGCCUACUUUCCACUCAACAUGAAAGCUGGAGAUGGCUCCGACUUUCUCGCAACCGGAAUGCCUCUCACACCUUCUCGAAACCAACUCAACAACGGUCACCAAAUGUACUACAACGAUGUCGGAACCCAUCUUACAUCACCUCAGCAGAUGGACUACUACACAUUCCACAACGGCCUGGCUCCUUCACCACUCGCACCCAGCCCUGCCGUACAAGCAAUCCAGCACAGCAACACAUACGAUGCGUGGUCCGUCUGGGAACAAGCGGAAAGUCCCAUCUUUGGCAAGUUUCUUUCGCCAUCGUCCAACUCUUGCCGGUCAGCUUCAAGAGUAGAACAAGAAGGCGAGAUGUCUCCCAUGUCGGCUGGUGGACACUCCUAUCCUUCGCCCGCAGGGAAGAGACAGCUCUACGUCGAAGAGGCUCGGCAAAAAACCACAGCUCUCCAAAUGGUACAACGAGACGUUCCUUUGGCUCCCCGGCCAACCAUGCACAUGAACGGGGAAGGCAAGCCAGAGCAGGAUUCACAAAACACAUAUGGUCCCGGGUCGAUACUCAUUGACCCUAUCCAGAGGGUUUCUGCUGGGACCAACAUUUGCGAUUACCCAGGCUGUGGCAAAACAUACAGGAGGUCGGAGCAUCUCAAGAGGCACAAGACAAAUGCUCACUCGGAAGUCCCAAUAUGGUAUCCCUGCAGCUUCUGCGACAAGAAGUUCAACCGACCGGACAACAGAAGACAACAUCUCGGACUCCACGCCAAGCCACGGCCGACCAAGAUGAAGGGCGUCAAAUAUGCUCCCAAGGCCAAGGCCGCUCUGGAAGAGGAGCUGAAGAACAUUACUCGACGCAACAAGAAGCCCAAGGCUGAGCAUCACAUCUGAGCUUUCUGCAUCAACCUAUAAGGCGUUUGGAUUUAUUUUGUGCUGUUGUUUUGCUUUCACUUUUCAUGCAACAAUUUGUUUCAUUAUCGCAACAUACCCUUUUUUCUAUAUCACAACCAUCGGCGGCGCACUCAACGUGCUAUGCUUCCAAAAGGCAUUUUGG